GUCCGUGAAGCGCAUCCUGAGCUUGCGGCGCACUCUCGACCAAUUGCGAGAUUCAGGCUGCCCGUGAGGCCUGUGACACGGGUCGAGAGACGGUGGAGACAAGCUGAGGAAGACAGGUCUGCGUGGGAACGUGCCAUGGGCCUGCUGGUCCCAAGCUGCGGGCAGUGCAGCUCUCUUCAAACCAACUUCAGAGUGAACUAGCCCCACUCAUCUGCGUUUCCAAUGACACCAAUCUAAUCUGAAGACCAGCACUGCGCGCAGGAUUCCAGCCAGGCACAGUCAUCCACCGGUCGUGCGUUGGAGCGUUUGCGUGGACGGAAUCAUGGUGGAGGAUGUGCUCAGCUGUAUUACUAUUGAAUAGAAUUUAUCAAGAGCACUUAGUUGGAGCAUGCUUCCAAGUAGUUCCAGGGCUGAAAUCAAUGUUCGAGUGUUUGCAAUAAACCAUAAUUAUUACAUGACACCUGACGACUUGCAGCACUAGAGCAGAGGUUCAUGAGCAGAUAAGGAUAUGCUUGCCGUGUGGUUUAUGAACGGUAAAGUGCUGCGCUUGUUCACGUUUCUGACUGGUACCUCGUCACAUCGUUCACGCUGGUCGCUUCCUUGCUCGUUCGUCUACAGGGGCGAACAUGCCCGAUUCCCGUGCGCCUGACUUCCUCCGCAGAGGCGACGUUUUUGGUGUCAUCCAUGUCACUGUUUAGCGGAUCGUGCUAAGGGAGCCGUUCGGAAGUGAGGAAAAGAAAGGAAUGUCUUUCGCUAGGGCAAGUCGUCUCUGGUUGCAUCUCAUAAAAACGCGCGUGACAAGAUAUUUCGAGCUCGUUAGAAUAAGUGGUGUAGUUUGCUCCAAAGGUUUCGUCGUGUGAGAGCUUCCUGCUCUUGGGCCAAACAGGACCUUGUCUCUUUCUCCUUUACUGCCAAAACAGGACAUUUCUUGUCUCUCUCUCUCUCUCCCGAGACGCCUCGCUUAGGUGCACUCCGCAUAACAACGGGAUAACGGACCACGAGGCGUGGCGGUUGUGCCCGCGUCGGAAGCCACAUCGCUAUCAUGGAAAGCCACCCGAAGCUGGCGGUAGUCUGGCGGCAGGCAGACAACUUUCCCAAGAUCUUGUUUCUCAUCCUGCUGCACGCCGCCUUGGGGAGAUCACAGACGUAUUGUGCGGGAAACGCCAGAUCGCUAACGUAUGCUAUUGACACCACAGCCAGCAUGACCAACGACAUUCAACAGGUAUGCAGUCAUACACAGCAGAUAUCGGAGACAUUGGUGAACAGCCCCGAGCAUCACAUCCGUAGCUUCAUCCUGGUGCCAUUCAACGACCCAGGAUAUGGCCCCGUACGUCAAUUCUCUACCGUUCAGCAACUGACGGACGCUUCGUGCGGACUGACGGUUUCGGACGGCGGAGACUGCCCGGAGAUGUCCAUGAGCGGAUUGCUACUGGCUAUCGAUGCCACGUGUCCGCGCUCCACCGUCUUCCUGUUCACCGACGCCAUAGCCAGUGAUCAUGACAAGCUGGACGAGGUGCUCGAGAAGCUGCAGCAGCGGCAAGUCCGUGUGGUGUUUGUGCUGAGUGGUAACUGUCAUUCUGAGAACUCCGUCGGCUAUCGGGUGUACGCCACCAUUGCUGAGCAAUCCGGUGGAAUUGUUUUUGUUGUCAACAAGACGGAGGUGUCAGCCAUCCUGGAGUUUGCCGCGCGCGGCUUUGUGGGCGGUCCUAGUGGGCCGCUGCUCUACCACCGCAUCGACCGGAGCGUCUGGUCGACCAGCUUUCUAGUCAGCGCCAACACUCAGUCUCUCAGCGUGACAAUUAGCUGCGCAGCAGGUGCCAGCCCUUCAGUUCUGAUCAGCCCUCCAAACAAUGCCGAUACCUCGAACCGUCUGAUCCGAGAAACAACGCAAAACUCCAUACUGUACAGCAUGGUAAAUCCUACGCGAGGAAGGUGGUGGAUUCUGGUCAAGUCUGGAUCAGGCUGCACACUGAGCGUCAGGUCGGUCAGCUCUUUGUCGCAGGAGUUCCAGUACUCCUUCACCAUGGACCCGAACACACCACCGGGAUCACAAGACACCUCUGCACGACCGGUGGCAGGCCAGCAGAUGUACAUCAUCGUGGGCACGCAACCAGGGACACUGGUAACACACGUCAACCUCGUCAGUAACAAACGUCGCAUCGCGCGCAUCAGGAGAGUGGCGUUCCGCAACGAUACGUACGUCGUCUUCGGUCCCUUCACCGUGCCCGAGCGCAGCUUCUUUCUCCAGUUUACCGGCGUGCAGACGCCGGGGAGACGGGAGUUCAGCCAGCUAUCCGUGACGCAAAUAACGCCUCAACCGCAUGUGAUCACUCCUAGCCCGGACCGUGUUCAAGUGGCACGCCGCUGUGACUUCAUCAGAUUGGAGUGCAUCACAAGUCGACCGGGACAGCCUGUAAUCUGGCGGCACAACGGAAGUGUGAUGACAUCCGACGGGAGUCGCGUACGUAUCGCAGGCAGCUAUCGUGAGCAGCUUGUGAUUGAGCCGGUACAGCACAGCGAUGCAGGCACAUACACAUGCCAGUCUAUUCAGUCAGCUGGUAAUAUGCAAUCGACGUCAUUCUUAUUCCGGGUUGAAGAGCCAGCAAGUGGUGCAAAUUUGAAUGCUGAGUGCAACGCAUGUCAGGACAUUGUAUGCCCUGGGGGUACCGAUGCUGUCUGGUUUCAUAAGAAACUGAACAUUGUCAGUGAUAGUAAUCGCCGGGUCUUUGCGAAUGGCACCCUGCGUCUCUGCCUGCCUCUUGAACAACGCCAGGGAAGUUACCAAUGCACGACCAGCGUCGGUUUAUGGGACAUUAGCAUCACGAUAGAUGGCGGUGUCCUCAACACAACACCACCACCACCAGUCACACCGUCCACCACACUACCCGAGCCGCAAACUCCCGGCACGGCCUGCCUGGCACCACCCAGCGUGGGGAAUUCCCGUCAGUCCGGCAACAGGGGCAUUGCUGGCAGGUGGCGGCCGGGCAUGACACGAAGGUACACGUGCCUGUCGGGGUAUCAGAUUGUCGGCAAGGCAACCAUCAUCUGUCAGACAAACGGAGCGUGGGAGACUCCGCCGACUUGCCGACGAGUAGACGCAUGUCCACGGGUCACCGAACCAGACAACGGCUCUGUUCGCUACGUGGUGCAGCCCAUCACCGUCGGGUCAAUUCUGACGUACUCCUGCAACACCGGCUUCACCAUGACUCCCAACAGACGUAACAGGCAGUGUCUGGACACAGGACGUUGGCAUGGCGAUGCAGUCUCAUGCACAGCUGCAUGCAAGCGCCCAGCCCUGCCUGCCUACGUACAAAUAGCCAUGUCCGGCUCGGGUCCGGGCAGCACCGCUACAUACUCCUGCACUGGUGGACGUACAUUGGUUGGACGUCGCGUUGCGCGUUGUGCGGCCAACGGAACGUGGAGCUCCAUUCCACCGACAUGCGUUUCAAGCGAAUGUUCAGAGCUUGUUCUACCACCCAAUGCACGUCUGUCCACGCAACUGCGCACGACGGGGUCGCAAGUCGAGAUGACGUGCGUCGAGGGCUACGAGAUGUCCACCGGCUUUCCUGUGUUGCGGCGGUGCGUUCACCGAACCAGCUCCGAUGGCAGCGUCGGCAGGGACGGACCCAUGUGGGAGGACAUCGCAGGCGAUUGGGACUCUUUUCGUUGUGUAUCUGCAUGCAAGCGCCCAGCCCUGCCUGCCUACGUACAAAUAGCCAUGUCCGGCUCGGGUCCAGGUAGCUCUGCUACAUACUCCUGCACUGGUGGACGGACACUGGUGGGACGUCGCGUUGUGCGUUGUGCGGCCAACGGAACGUGGAGCUCCAUUCCACCGACAUGCGUUUCAAGCGAGUGUUCAGCGCUUGUUCUACCACCCAAUGCACGUCUGUCCACGCAACUGCGUACGACGGGAUCGCAAGUCGAGAUGACGUGCGUCGAGGGCUACGAGAUGUCCACCGGCUUUCCGGUGUUGCGACGGUGCGUUCACCGUACCAGCUCUGAUGGCAGCGUCGGCAGGGACGGACCCAUGUGGGAGGACAUUGCCGGCGAUUGGAACUCUUUCCGUUGUGUUUCACUUUGCCCGGAGCUGGCUGUCCCCACUCACGGGCGCCUCUCGACGGCGGAGAGACGAUCGGGAACCAUGGUUACGCUGACCUGCGGCGUCGGUCAUCAACUGUCCGUGGGCGGUCGGGUGCAGCGCUACUGCAGCGGAGGGCGUUGGCAUGACUCCAGCGGUCGCUGGCAAGAUGCUAAGUGCAGAGCCAUCCGAUGCCUACCUCUUGGCACUCUAGUCAAUGGCAAUAUCAACGUGCCGUCGCGCAGUGUCGGAGCUGAGGCCCGCUACACGUGCGAUGAGCAGCAUGUGCUUCACCCCAGCGCUCAGCAGUCAGUCACGCGAGUUUGCCUACCCAACGGAUCGUGGUCGGGGGUAUCACCCCAGUGUCGGCGACGGUCAUGUCCGUUACUCACACCACCGAGAAAUGGAAGAUUUACACUAAGCACUGGACAUACAGUUGGAAGUAGAGUGGAGGUGGAAUGCAGUACUGGGUACAAUGUAAAUCCUCCGUCAUCGGCCAGGAGAGAAUGCACGGGUGACGGCACAUGGACUGAAGAGCAGCCUACCUGCGAACCUGAACCAAUUGUACAAUGUCGAGUGCCAGACUUGCCACGUGGACAAUACAGAGUUGUAUCCGAUGCAUCGGGGAACCGUGCCCGGCCGAAUUUCGCGGGGCAAGCCCUGCCGUACGACCGGAUUGACGCGGAGUGUGGCGGCGGAAAUGUGCUGGUGCGGCGCUCGACACUGGUGUGCCGUGCGGAUGGUCAAUUGCAAGGCGUUGGAGCUAUCUGCAGAGGUGUGGACUGUGGCACACCGCCCAGGAUUGCAAACAGCACGGUCGCCUACAACAGCACGACAGUAUCCGCACGAGCGACGUACGAGUGCGUUGACAAGUGCUUCCGACUCUCCGGCACGCCAGCCAUCACGUGUUUGCCGAACGGCAGCUGGUCCAGCACCACCACCGUUUGUACAGCCAUCCGUGACUCUAGUUGUACAGCACCAAGGAUCAUAUUUGGCAUGACAUCAUCAUCAGUGUUUCAGAGCGCUGAUGGCUGCCUGAAUCUCAGGUGUCAGGUUCGCCAAGACGGCUCCUCUGUUCUGCCAGCCCGGCUACAUUGGUAUCGCGACGGGGUCAUGGUGGCAGGAUAUGGUUACCAUGGAGAUGGAGCUGACUUUCCGAUACCUGAUAUGUACAGGAUGACCAGGGAAGGCCUGAAGAUGUGCGGGGGCUCUCCCGAGCGGAGCGCAGGCCAGUACACGUGUAAGGCGUCCAAUCGUAUCGGCGUUGCCAUGAGGAACUACACGCUGCCCAAGAUGAGCUGCAUGCGAAUGUGGCUGAAAGAAGUCAAGCUCUCCAUGACCGGCGGUCAAGGUGGUGACAGUGUUGGAGAAACAAUGCCGGAAAGCUGUGACAGUGACACUGAAAACCUCCGCACCGUGGUAUCAGCACAAGCCGCUAGAAUACAAGAACUUGAAGACAAAGUCAGGGAGCUAGAGGCGCGGGAGAUCAAUGUCGCCAACCUACACCAGCAUAUCAACACUCUGACAGGCAAUGUAACGGACUGUACAGCUGAGCUGAAAGAGAUGACGGUAGAGCAAGCCAGAACAGACACCUGCUGUAGGAGAGCUGCUCAAGCUGAAGAAGAUCGUGCAGCUUGGGAAGAAGCCCAGAGAAGAAUGAGUCAGCUGAUAAGCAGCUUUGGAGCAUAGACCAUUAGAAGGCAUAUAAAUGAGCUGAGGUAAAAAAACAAUAGAUAAAAAUGCUGUUUCUAUGGCGACCCGGUUUCAGUAUCCAUUCCCUUCUCUGGUUCGUUUCUUCCGUAAAUUCUACGACUCGCCUUUUCUCCAUUAUUUUCUUAUCACAUGAGAUGUUGUCCACCAUGCCUUUAAGGAUGUAUCUUAGGUACUUGCAGAGAUGUAUCUUAGCUGAUUAUCGUCCAGGGCACAAUCUCUUGAGCGUGAAUGAAAAAAUUUAGUUUGUUUCACUCCCCCUCUCUAAUCCAGUUGAUUUUGAGCCGAACCCAUUCUGAUGCUCAUGCUUGUAAACCGCGGAUCAUCAUCCCAGGGUCACAACCUUUCCCAUAAAGGGACUCUCUUGCAAA